AUGCGAAAAGGACUUCUCAGCGUCACUGCCUUCGUCUGCUUAUCCUAUGCGGUCAUACUUUUGGAUGAUACAUUCUUUUGCGGCAAGGACGUUUCUGUCCAAUGGAACCAGCAGGAAGGUGCUUGCAGUGUCUUCUAUGCACUCGAGCCAUUCAUUCUCAACUUUACGCUGGAUUUAACAUGCUAUAUUGCUAUCUACACUUUAUCCUUGAUUCUGAUACUGAAGGGUCUGAUUCGCUACUCGACUGUUGUCGGAAUUACACUUGCGCUUGGCGCUUUAACUAUAAUUGUCAUUGUAGUACGAUUCAUCACUCUCAAGGUCGGCACUGGGCAGGAGAAUCUUGUUUACCCUCUCAGCAUGUUAGAAAUGUCCCUUGCAAUCACCGUUGCAGCUCUCCCUGGAUUGAAGCCACUUCUGCGCUCAGAGUUUACAGAGGAAACAGUUGUUGACGUGGUCCGAACAGAACGAAAGUGUUGA